AUGAACCUAGUUAUAUUAUCAGUGUGACACAAUUAUUGCAAUCAGUGUUCUUCAUAUUAAAACAUAACAUAACAUUAACAGCGAUUGAUCAAUGUUUUAUUUAAUUUUGUAAUUUUGACACUUUCACCAAUAUAAAACGGUUGUUCUUUAGAGAAAGUUCAUUCAGUGACUUAAACAUUAAAAAAAAACACUUAAAAUGUCCACGAAAACAGUUGUAUUUGUCUGUUUACAGAGCUUAUUUAUACAGGGUCUCUUGGCUCAAUGUAUUGGAGCAUACAACGGCCUGGCCGCUGGUGGUUGGCCCGCUUCUAAUGCCGUGGCCUGGGAGAACGGCAUGAACUGGCCGGGAAGUGCGUUGUCUUGGGAAGCUGGUGUUCCUUACGGAGCUGGAUCUUGUGCUGCUUCAUCACUCGGCGCUUCCUACUCUGCAGCAUCUUUGGCCGCUGCUCCAUUAGCCGCUGAAUGGGGUGCUGGUUACUCGCCAGCAGGUCUCGCUGCCUCUAACGGUGGUGGACUCGCCAUAAACAGUUACUCCCCCAUCGCUCCUACUGGCGUUUCUAUGAACUCUGAAAAUAUGUACGAAGGGCCGUUGGCUGUUUCUGGUGCUGUUCCAUUCCUUGGCGCUGUGGCUUUAGAAGGAAAUCUACCUACAGGAGGAGCAGGCGCUGUAGCGUACGGAUGUGGCAACGGCAACGUAGCCAUGUUGAGUGAAGACUAUGCUGGCGCCAGCUUCGGCGCUGGUUUGGCUGGACCAGCUUAUGGUUACAAUGGUCUCGGUGGUUCACUCGCCCUGGAAGCCGGUAACCUUGGACCAGCUUAUGGUUACAAUGGGCUCGCUGGUCCACUCGCCCUGGAAGCCGGUAACCUUGGACCAGCUUAUGGUUACAAUAAUUACAACGGCGCAAGAAUUGGAGGUUGCGGAUGUGGCGCUCUCUACUAAAUCCAGUUACAGAAGAUAA